GGCCCUUCAUUGCCCCUCCCCAACAUUACUACAAAACUCUUCUCUCUCUCUCUCUCUCUCUCUCUCUCUCAACAAUGAGCAGGAAGAUAAGCAGUGAAACAAUGAGAGACUCUAAGAGAAAAGUAUUUUGCAGAAAGCUUGGAGGGUAUCUUAAAGAGCAGAAAGGAAGGCUAUACAUAAUCAGGAGAUGUGUAGUUAUGCUUCUUUGUUGGCAUGACUGAAACUGAAAGCAGCACUAUGUUGAAGACUAUAUAUUUGUGUCGACCUAGCCUAUUUUUUUCCAGUGAUGCCACAAGUCUGAUGCAAAGCGAACAUCAUUGCCGCCACUGCAGCCAACCUCUCUCUUUUUUCGCAGUAUCUCUGUUUUUGGUGUUUGCUUUGUGUCAUUUGAAGCUGUAAAUAGCAGAGAGAUCACAAUUUGUUUUUCAUGAUCGUGAUGACCAUGCUUGAUAUUGACAUUUACAUACAUCAUGAAGAGUUUCCCAGUUAUACUAGUAUAAUAUUCAUGGCAACAAUACUGGUUAAUGUUUGUAUCUAAAAAUACUCAGUUUGUCUGCAAAUGAAAUGUAACAUAUAUGCAUCAAAUUUGGUAGAAGAAAAACAUUACUGUUUUUAAUUUGCCGGUUCAAUUCCAA